GUGAGGUUCCGGAAGACGUGGCGGCUGCUGCAUUUGCAGUGUAGUCAUCUAAUUUGCCAGAUACACUGAGAACUUCUUUCGGUGUAUGAGACAGUGACGUGAAAGCCUCAAAGAUGAUAUCGUUAUCGGAUUCACAGAAAAUAGGCAUUGGCCUAACAGGAUUUGGAGUGUUUUUCUUGUUCUUCGGAAUGAUCCUGUUUUUUGACAAAGCCCUUUUAGCCAUUGGAAAUAUUCUUUUUGUGGUAGGCCUGGCGUUUGUCAUCGGUCUCGAGAGGACGUUCAGGUUCUUCUUUCAGAAGCACAAGAUGAAGGCCACCAGUUUCUUCCUUGGUGGUGUGCUUAUUGUUCUGAUUGGCUGGCCCAUUGUUGGGGUUUGCCUGGAGUUCUAUGGCUUUUUCCUUCUUUUCAGGGGCUUUUUCCCAGUGGUCAUUGGCUUCAUCAGGAGGAUACCUGUCCUGGGCUCUCUGCUCAACCUCCCCUUCAUCAGUGGGUAUGUGGACAAAUUGGGCGAAAGCAACAAUAUGGUGUAGUUACUAUGGACUGCUUGAGCUGACACUAUUUAUGACAGAAACCAAAAGCGAUUUUAUGUAUUUAAGUCACUCGACUGGUCAAAUCAAACUCCAAAGGUCAUGCAAUGAAGUCUCCUUCAUUCUCAGACUGUUUCAAGCCUCUCAUGGAGGCAACUUGUGAAAAGAGUAAAUAUUUGACAACACAUUUAUCCCCCUCACGUCACAUGCCCUGCCUUGGUAACCAAUGGCCGCCAAAGUCUGUUACCUACGGGUGGGUGGGGCUUCCUCCAUCAAUCAAUCAUGCCCUCCACCCAUAUCCCCUUCUGCCAUUGGACACUGUUGAUGAUGGACUCCAGCCACCACUUCCUUGCCACUCCCCCUCUAUGCAGAGGGAUCUCUUGAAUGUACAAUGGAAACGCCUUCUCCUCUUCAUCACAAUCCUCCUCCUCCUCCUCCCCACUUCAUCCCCAGUUCAACUGAAGAGGAGAGCGGAGGACGCUGUUACAGCCUUCCCAUCGUGCCUGUGGUCAGACCUCCCUCAGAUGGGGAUGUCAAUCUCAGCCAUAAAUUUGACAAUAUGUUACACUUUUAGUUUUAUUUUAUUUUGUUUUAUUUGGUCUUAUCAGUACCUUGAGUGACAGACCUGGUUCUGGGCCUAGUUUAAGUCGUAAGAUGGGGAAAAAAUGGUCUUAUGCUUUAUGGGAUUGUCAAGUUAUUGUCAACUAUGUCAACCUGUCAUAUUUGUUAUAUUAUUUUGUUUUUCAAUUUGUGUUUUCCAAACAUGCUUGACUGUAAACAGGUCUUUGAAAUCUGAAAAAGAUAUUCUUGUGAACGGUAUAAAACUUUGUUUUGUUCAUCUGCUACUUUUGUAAAUACAGUUUUAACAAAAGAA